AUGGACCAAAAGCUAAAUCUGUCCAGUUUCCGACUUCGUCCCGCCACAGCAGCUGAUCGACCGGCGCUAGACGCUCUCUUCACGUCGGCCAUUACCCAAUUAUGCAGAAACGACUAUUCACCCUUGCAAGUAUCUACCAUGGUAUCUCAAGCUACGGCAGGUCGGUAUGAUCUUCUGAUCUCCAAAUCGACAUACUACGUUGUCCAUCCCGCCGAUGACCCAAGCCACUUAGUCGCGUCUGGUGGCUGGUGGCCGCAGCGAACAAUCUAUACCGACGAGGGUUCUGAGACGGCACAGUACGAGAAAUUUGAUCCCCGUGAGACGCCUGCGUGGAUCCGUGGCAUAUAUGUGCACCCAGACUAUGUGCGCCGUGGCCUGGGCUUCAGGAUUGUUCAAGAGUGCGAGGCUGCAGCGAGCAGGUUCAUGCCCUUUACGACAUAUAUGCUGGGAAGCACGGUCAAUGCCAUUCCUCUGUACAAGGCAUGCGGGUAUAGAGUCAUCGAGGAACACGACGUCAGCGUCACAGACGGGGAGAUGAUGAAGAUAGCUAUGAUGGAGAAGACGAAGGGUGCCACUACCGUUGCGCUGGAUGACUUCAAUCGUGACGUAGUCCUUGUUGAGGUUGAUAUUAGAUAG